AUGUUCCGCGCACAGCAGAACGCUUUUGACGAUGCAGUCGCCAAGGCGACCGACGAGAAUCUCACCUCCGAAAACUGGGAAUAUAUACUUGAUGUCUGUGACAAGGUUGCUGCAGAGGAAUCUGGCGCAAAAGAUGCGGUCGCCGCCUUGAUUAAGAGACUUGCGCAUAGGAACGCCAACGUGCAGCUCUACACACUGGAGCUUGGAAAUGCGCUGGCGCAGAACUGUGGCCCGAAGAUCCACCGUGAAUUAGCAUCAAGGAGUUUUACUGAUGCAUUGUUGCGUCUUGCAAGUGACCGAAAUACCCACCAACAAGUUAAAUCGAAGAUUUUAGAACGAAUGCAGGAAUGGACGGAAAUGUUCUCUAGCAACCCAGAUUUCGGGAUCAUGGAGCAGGCAUAUAUGAAACUGAAGACACAGAAUCCAAACCUGCAAGCCUCCAUCGAAGCCGGUGAAAACGGAGAUUACCGACGGAGAAACCCAGUGCCAGCACCACCACCGCCACUGCGGCUCCAGAGCAGCAGGCUGAAUCUAGCACCAGUUCCGGUCCUCUUAAUCAGGUCCAAGGAGCGACUUCACAAGCUGUUCCGUCAGGUACUUCCGCUGCUACGGUCUCCCGCGUCAGAGCGCUUUUCGACUUUCAACCGUCAGAACCGGGUGAACUGCAAUUUCGAAAGGGGGGAUGUUAUUGCUGUCCUCGAGUCAGUAUAUAAGGAUUGGUGGAAGGGUUCGCUGAGGGGCCAAACUGGAAUCUUCCCUCUCAACUAUGUCGAAAAGCUUCCUGACCCUACCGUCGAAGAACUACAACGAGAGGCUCAGAUGGAAACUGAGGUGUUCGGCCAGAUCAAAAAUGUCGAGAAACUUUUAACCCUGCUUAGUACUCGUGGCUCCGAACCAAAUGUGCAAGAUAAUGAGGAAAUUACAAACUUGUACCACUCGACUCUUGCAAUCCGCCCCAAACUAAUUGAACUAAUUGGCAAAUAUUCACAGAAGAAGGAUGAGUUUACGCAGCUUAAUGAGAAAUUCAUCAAAGCUAGACGAGACUACGAGGCCCUACUAGAGGCGUCUAUGUCACACCCUCCGCAGGCGCAAUUUGGCAGACCAGGCCAAUCCCAGUACGGAUAUCCUGGGCCUGCAUUAUCCAUAGGUUACUCUCAAGGCUCAUCACAGGCUGAUGCCCAACGGUACUUCAGCCCGCGCCCUCAAGGAGAAGAGAACCAACCUGUUCAGCCUAACACAGCUCCGUAUUAUGGCGGAGAUCAGGCGCCUGUAUACCCACCGGCCUCUCAGUCUCCAGAUAUGCGCAACCGCACACCCCCUGCGGGACCGGUAUACCCACAGCAGCCGCAACAGCCGCAACAGCCUGCUGCGGACUCCUAUCAGCCAGUGCAUCACCGGCCAGAGUCUACGUAUGAGCACCCUCAGGAACUAGGAACAUCUGUUUAUGACUCUCCCGUUGAGCAUCCAGCAAAUCAACGACUGCCAUACCCCGUGGGUCAAAUUCCAGGCGCUGUUCAACAUUUCCAACAACAGCAGCAAGAAUACUCGAAUCUCGUAUAUCCCCCUGAAGAUGCAGCCAAUAAGCCACCCGGGCAACAGGCCCCAUAUCCUUCCACUCCAGCGUCCCAUCAGCCACCACCUAUGCCUUCGGCUGCUAUUCCAGGCUCAGCAACCAACUAUCCUGUAAACCCCGCCAGUGGAGGCUACCAGGCAUACAACCCGACGCAAAGUGGUGUGCCUAACUCCAACCCCGCUUCGUAUUAUCGGUGCGAUGCCGAUACCAUGGAAGCCGAUUGGGAUGAAUUGUCGCGCAUUCCAGUGCCUGCACCAAGUUCACAUUCGUUGCCAACAAUUGCAACGACUGUAGCAUUCGAUGAUGUGAUGGAGCUUCUGUGGACAGGGAAUGAAUAUGGUCGAAUUACUUCCUUUUAUGGCCCUGAAUUGCAGAGGUAUACCUCCGUUAGGGCGCAUCCAGUUUCCGAGGGUCUUGUUCGACAGAUUUUGUUUCAUGAAAGAGGUGUGAUAUCGUUGUCUUCGAAAAGCGUACACAUGAUAACGCGGCGUGGCUUGACGCAAUGGCACAUUGAUCAUGAGGAAAUGACAGAUCUCCGUUGCAUGAGCUUCACGGCACAGACGAAUAGAAUCAUAGUCGCAGGGUGUCAGGGGGUGAUGUUCACUAUCGAUAUUGAUAAGGGUAUCAUAAUCGACAAGUUACAGACCGAGUUUCAGUAUACGAUGAUGAAGAAGAGCCGGUACCUCUGUGCUGCGACCGACACGGGAUCGGUCAAUGCGUUAAGCCUGACAGACUUCCAGGUUGUCAAGUCUUGGAAGGCGCAUGGGACAGCAGUCAAUGAUAUGGAUGCUCGAAACGACCUUUUGGUUACAUGCGGCUUUUCUGUGAGACAUCUAGGGUCUCCAAUUGUCGACCCUUUGGCCAACGUCUAUGAUCUCAAAACCUUAUCGCCACUACCCCCCAUACCAUUCCACGCGGGAGCGGCGUAUGUGCGCAUGCAUCCGAAGCUCCACACAACCAGCUUUGUUGCCUCUCAAACGGGUCAGCUUCAGGUGGUGGAUCUAAUGAAUCCUAAUGCAAUUAAUCUUCGUCAAGCCAAUGUCUCCUUCAUGCUUGGCAUCGAUAUAUCUCCCUCGGGAGAAGCUCUAGCCAUAAACGAUGCGGAAUGCUCCAUUCAUCUGUGGGGCUCCCCUGCAAAGGUACAUUUUAAUGAGAUGAGCAAGGAGACUGAAUUCGCCGACGUUGCUCCACGACCUCCUCCACUCGAAUGGUCUUCAGAGACGCCAUUGAGUAUGAUUGGGAUGCCUUACUACCAUGAACGCUUGUUAUCAGCAUGGCCGAGCCACCUUCUCUUUGAAAUCGGCAGUCCACCAGCGCCUAUUGAUCAAGCUGUGAUUCCCUAUCUCCGUCCUGCAGAGAUCGGACAUUAUGCGCCGAACCCGAAGAAAACCAGACGAUAUCAAGUGGAGAAUACUCGGGCACUAUCUACAGCGGAGCCAGCACUUAUUGCUCCUAAGUUUUUGAGCGAAAAGGCACGAGAACAGCAGAGUAGAGCGAAAUCGGAAGGCUCCAUCAGUGAUACGGCCGAGGCGCUGGCAGGUGUAAAACUGAAUGGAGAAACCGAAGAUGAUCCUCUUCUCAAAUAUAGCAACGUUGAGAUCAAGUAUAGCCGAUUUGGCGUGGAUGAUUUUGAUUUCCGGUUCUAUAAUCAAACCGAUUUCUCCGGCCUAGAGACCCAUAUUGCAAACUCAUUUACCAACGCCCUUCUCCAACUACUUAAAUUCAUCCCACUAGUUCGAAAUCUGGCUUUAAGCCACGCCGCAAGCAGCUGUAUCUACGAAAACUGUCUUCUAUGCGAGAUGGGCUAUCUGUUCGAUAUGUUGGAAAAAGCAAAUGGCCAGAACUGCCAGGCGACCAAUCUAUUGAAAACAUUUAGCAGCUUCCGUGAAGCCUCCAACCUGGGUCUGUUUGAAGAGAACUUGACCAACAAAUCGCUUUCUUCCGCAAUUCAGGCGGUCAACAGGUUCUUCCUUAGUCAGAUUGCCCAUGAUUUCCGCAUGAUUCUUCCGAGCUCCGAUGACUUUGACCAGAGACUUGCGACUAUCGCGUCAGAGGCGAUCCGAUGCAUGUUCUGUCAAAAUGAGAUCGUGAGGCCCGGUAACUCGCUUGCCAAUGAGCUGAUUUAUCCAGCAAUUGAUAUUAAGCAAGCUCGUAGGAACCCAGCGUUCCGAUUUUCGAAUAUUUUACGAGCAAGUAUUGAACGUGAGACUCAAAAUAGAGGAUGGUGCAACUACUGCCGGCGGUACCAGCAAGUAGCUAUCAGGAAGUCCGUCCACCGCAUGCCGUUGGCUUUGAUUCUCAACGCGUCACUCAGCAAUCCUUUAUACCGACGGCUUUGGGCGAUCCCCGGUUGGUUGCCGGAAGAGAUUGGAAUUGUUGUUGAUGGAGGACAAGUCCUUUGCUUCGAAGGAGAGGACCUUCAGCUCCGAAAGCAGGGUAAUAUGCCUGGACUCCUGGUAUACGAAUUGGUUGGUCUGGUGUCAGAGAUCGAUAUUCCUGAGCAUCAGAAGCCCCAUCUGGUUUCGUUUAUCAACGUCUCCAUUUCUUCUCGAGAGCCGGAUCCCGGCAGCAGAUGGCAUCUAUUCAAUGACUUUUUAGUUACAGAGGUGGACAAAGACGAAGCUCUUCGAUUCAGCCAGCCAUGGAAGCAGCCGUGCGUGCUAGCGUAUCAGGUGCGAGACGCUCGUCACGCUAUCGAUGACGCUUGGAAGAACUUCCUGGACACCAGUCUCCUCUUCCGCGACUGGUCUCUAAAUGCUGGCCGCCCAGUGGAAUCACUUGUUACGCUGGCCGAAGGGGAGAAACCAAAUCCCGGUACUCCUGUUGCUCUUGACACGGAAUUCGUUGAUCUCGAAAAGGCCGAGAUCGAUGUGAAAGCGGAUGGUUCUCAGGAAAUCGUGAGGCCUAGCAAGAGUGGACUGGCUCGAGUCUCUGUUCUCCGAGGCUCAGGCGCUCGGGAAGGGGUCCCUUUCAUUGAUGACUACAUUACCAUCAAAGAGCCGAUUGUUGACUAUGUCACCCAAUAUUCGGGUAUUAAGCCCGGUGAUUUGGACCCACGAAUCAGUCAGCACACUCUCGUCCCUCUUAAGGUCGCAUAUAAGAAAUUGUGGCUGCUUCUCAACCUGGGCUGUGUCUUCGUUGGACAUGGUCUGGCUUCAGACUUCCGCCAAAUUAACAUCCAGGUCCCUAAGAACCAGACAGUGGAUAGUCAAUAUCUGUUUUUCCAUCCUGGCAAGAAUCGCCGACUCAGUCUUCGCUAUCUCGCCUGGGCUGUGUUCAAGGAAUAUAUCCAGGAAGAGCCCGCAGAUAAUAACGACGGCCACGAUUCCAUUGAGGAUGCACGCAUGGCCCUCAGACUGUGGAAGAAGUUCCAGGAAUAUGAAGAUGCUGGCAUUGUAUCUCAAAUUCUAGAAGAAAUCUUCCGCGAGGGAUCCAAACUAGGGUUCCGACCACCCCCUCGAAACGGCACUGCUACGGUUCUCUCUCGGCCUGGAACUGCAGUGACGCUGCAGAACAAUAGUGGUCGUAAUACUCCCAGUGCACCGGACGUUGGAGGCGCAGCUAGCGCACCAGCGACUCCGAGACAGGCGUUCCGACGCUCGAUUGCUUUGACUCCAAGCAACGGCACCUUCACCGGACCAGGCGCAGGAGACUUUUUUAGUGGAAGUCCGCUGAAGUAA